UCCACAAAACAAAACAAAACCCAGAAAACAGCCCCGAGGGCUCCACGGCACCGCGCGGGGAUGAGGAGCGGGGGGAGCGGCCCCGGGGGCGCGGGAGUGUCCGGGCGGCAGCGCUGAGUCACGGCGGGACGGGACGGGACGGGACGGGACGGGACGGGACGGGACGGCUCUCCCUCAUCUACCGGGCGGGGGGGGGACACCGGGCACCGCGCACCGCAUCCCGCAGCCGGAGGGGCGGCGGAGACGGCGGACGCUGCGGGCACAGAGCCGGCACCGGAGCGGCCCCCGAGGACCGGUGCCUUUCUGCCCCCCCGGGGGCGGUCCCGGGCCGGGCGGGGCGGGGCGAGGGCGGCAUUUAGGGCUUUGGCAGAGCGGGGGCUGCUCAGACUUGUUCGCGACUUCCCCGGACGUGCCGGUGCGCUCCGCCGCCGCGGGCACCGACGGGCACCGACCCCACCCCCCCAUCCCGGCCAUGCCGGCCCUUCUGCCGCUGUUGCUGCUGUGCCUGCGGCUGCUCCGCGCUGAGCCGCCCGCCUACCCGGCGGUGAUCUCCCCGCAGGACCCCACGCUGCUCAUCGGCUCCUCCCUGACCGCCACCUGCACCGUCAGCGCCGACCUCCGCCUGCGCGCGCAGGACCUGUACUGGACGCUGAACGGCCGCCGCCUGCCCGCCGCCUCCUACGCCGCGCUCGGCCCCACCACGCUCAGCGUGGCCCUCGCCCGCCUCAACGGCUCCCGGCAGCAGUCGGGGGACAACCUGGUGUGCCACAGCCGGGACGGCGGCAUCCUGGCCGGCUCCUGCCUCUAUGUUGGACUGCCCCCAGAAAAACCAGUCAACAUCUCCUGCUGGUCCAAGAACAUGAAGGACCUCACCUGCACGUGGGCCCCGGGGACAGAGGGGGAGACCUUCCUGCACACCAACUACACGCUCAAGUACAAGCUCCGGUGGUACGGCCGCGACAACACGUGCCAGGAAUACCACACGGCCGGCCCCUACUCCUGCCACAUCCCCAAGGACCUGGCCCUCUUCACGCCCUAUGAGAUCUGGGUGGAAGCCUCCAACCGCCUGGGGGUGGCCGUGUCCGACGUCGUCAUGUUGGACAUCCUUGACGUGGUCACCACCGACCCGCCCUCCGACGUGCAUGUCAGCCGCGUGGGUGACCUGGAGGACCAGCUGAGCGUGCGCUGGAGCUCGCCACCCGCUCUGAAGGAUUUCCUCUUCCAAGCCAAGUACCAGAUCCAGUACCGCGUGGAGGACAGCUCGGAGUGGAAGGUGGUGGACGAUGUGGGCAACCAGACCUCGUGCCGCCUGGCCGGCCUGCGCCCCGGCACCGUCUACUUCGUCCAGGUGCGCUGCAACCCCUUCGGCAUCUACGGCUCCAAGAAGGCCGGCAUCUGGAGCGACUGGAGCAACCCCACGGCCGCCUCCACGCCGCGCAGCGAGCGCGCGGCGGGGGGCUGCGACCCCAAGGGCGGCGAGCAGAACACGACGCUGCGGCGGGAGCUGAAGCAGUUCUUUGGGUGGGUGAAGAAGCAUUCCUAUGGCUGCUCCAACCUCAGCAUCAAGCUGUACGACCAGUGGCGCGUGUGGCUGCAGAAAUCCCACAAAACACGCAACCAGGUAGGUUCUACCCGGCGAUAAGUUGUAGCCCCCGCGGGGCUGAGCGCCGGCAGCACCGCACCGGGUGUCCGAAGCCCCCCCGGGGCCGCCCGCCCCGUCCCUGCCACCACAGCGCACUGAGGGGGGGCUCAGCGGUGGCCGGAGCUCGGCGCAGCCCUGCAACUCGCUGCAGGGGGGUUCCGCUGAGGGGGGGGGCUGGGGCUGGGGCUGGCCCUGGCAGCCCCCUGGGGGCGGUGGCAGUGCUGUGGGCCCCCCAGGAGCGCAGCCCCCGUGGCAGUGAAGGGACCCCCCAGCCUCACCCGGAGCCUUUGUUCCUUAAUCACGACCUGGAGCAGCAGUUGGGGUGAAGGGGGGUGGGGGCUCCCCGUGGCCCCCAAACCUGGGGGGUGCAGCCCCCCCCCAGGAUGCAGCUUGGGUGUUUUGGAGGGGCCACGGGUGCCCAUGGGGCCACGUGCGAGCGCAUGGGGGGGUCCAUCCCCAGAGAGCUGCGUGGGGCUGGUUUGAGGCUGCUGGGGUUUGCCCAGUGCCUGCUCCAAUUUUGAUUCAAACCAGCCUUAUUUUGGUUACAUUUCAGUCAAUUAGGAACAGAUUUAAGCUUAAUGCCAAUAAACCUCGUUAAACCCCACUGGGGCCUGCGUCAGUGGAGCAGCAGCAGCGCACGG